UUGAAUUCUUAAGUCAUUAAUUUUUUUGAAAUUAAUUAUAAUUCAUUAUAAUAUUAAGGAAUAAUUAUUAAAAAGUUAAUACAAAAAGAUAAAAUGUAUCCUAAAUAAACAUAGACUAGCUAUAAGCCAUAGCAACACCCCGCUGUUACUCAGCGUUAAUUUAUUGCAAAUGAUACUUACUUCAAUUAAUAGCAUUAUUAAAGACAUGAAAUCGAAGAUGCUCUUGCUAGAGAGCUUUAAAGAAGAAAACUUGAUGAUGAAGCCAAAUAAAGAGAAAUUUAAAAAAUUUAUGAAGAAUCUGAAGAAUUAAAAUUGUUAAAAGAAAAGAUUAGAAUGGCCUAAGUUAACAAAGAAAGAACUCGUUAAAUUGCUGAAAAUUAAUUAAGAAAGUUUUAAACCAAGAAAGUAGAAGCAGAGCUUGAAGAAAAUAUUUUAAGAAAAUGCGAAGAAGAAAAGCGUUACGAAGCUGAAAAGGAAAGAAUUCUGAACGAGCAAAGAAUGCAAGGAAGAUUUGUUUUACAAUAAUAAAUGCUUGAAAAGAGACAAGCUGCUGAAGAAGCUCAUCAACAAUACUUAUUAGAAAAGGAUUAAGUCAAUGCUAUAGUAUAAAAUAUCAUUAAUGAAGAUAAAAUGGCCUAUGAAUCAGACAAGCUUAAAAAGAAGAGAAAUUAUCAAGAUAUGGUUGAAGCUCUUUAAGAAAAAGCUGAAAGAAAAGCUUAAGAAAAGAUUAAUGAAUAGCUUGAAAAUGCUAAAUACAAGAAAUUCUUUGAACAAAAAGAACAAAUGCAAUAAGAAAUCAAAAAGAAAAGAGAAGAGUUAGAAGCUCAAAAAGCCAUCAUUUUUGAAAGACUUAAAGCUGAAGAAGAAAGAAGAAGAAAGGAAAAAGAAUUAAUCGAAGAUCUUAGAAUGGAGUUAUACAAAGAAGAAUUUGAAGCUUAGGAACGUAGAAAAGAUCGUGAAGAAAGAGAAAAGAGAGAAAGAACUAAAUAAGAACUUUAAGAAGCUGAAAGACAACAUAAAUACGAUAAAGAAAGGUAGCUUGCAGAAGAAAAAAGAAUGGAACAAUAAUUCAGAGAAAAGAUGAUGGAGAAGUAUGCCUAGGAUGAAAAACUAGAAUAAUUAUCUGCUCAAAGACGCAGAAUGAAAGAAAUUGAUCAUAAAAAAGAAGUCGAAAGAUUAUGGCAAGAGAAACUAGAAAUGUAUAGAGAAGAAAGAGAAAGAGAAUUAGAAGAAGCCAGAAAGAACGAAGAGUUAAAGAGCUAUAAGGACGAGCUAAUUAGAUUAGAAAAAGAAAGAUUACUUAGAGAAUAUUUAGACGAAUUGGCUGGAUUUAUGCCAAAAGGUUUAUUAUAAACUAAGGAGGAUACUAAAUUCUUAAAAAAUUAAAAUCCAUAUGCUUAACGUACAGGAUUUGCCAGCAAUUUCAAAAUUAUGUGA